UUUCUCACCGUCUCAGCAGCUGGUGGCGCCGCCGGUUCUUGCCGUGGCGGAAGAGACGAUGAGGGACAUAUGUGAGGUGAUGGAUGAGUUAAAACCAGCCAUCCUAAUGGUUUUGGUUCAGAUGCUUUAUGUUGGGAUUAACAUUCUUUACAAACUUGUCGUCGUAGAUGGCAUGAACUUGCGAAUUGUAAUUGCAUAUCGUUUUGUUUUUGCCACUGCCUUUAUGGCUCCUCUUGCUUUCAUCUUUGAAAGGAAGAAGAGGCCAAAGAUGACUUGGACUAUACUGUUUCAGGGACUUAUAUCUGGCUUAUUUGGAGGAACAUUGGCACAAACAUUAUAUUUGGAGACAUUGGCCUUAACAACGGCAACGUUUGCAUCGGCAAUGAACAAUCUCAUUCCAGCCAUCACCUUUGUCAUGGCCCUCUUCUUCGGGUUGGAGAAAUUGAAUUGGAAAGCAGCAGCCGGGAAAGCUAAGAUAAUUGGAACCUUAAUAGGAAUUAGUGGAGCCAUGCUUCUCACCCUCUACAAGGGUGCACGAAUCCCCACUCCCUCCUUCCACGUCACUGUUUUACGCCCUCUAACCAGCCACGUGGCAUCUUCCCACUCUUCCUCCGGUGGUAACACCCUCUUGGGUGCCCUCGCUGCUGUGGGCGGCAUCACGUCUCUAUCUCUGUGGCUCAUCGUCCAGAGUAAGAUGAGCAAGAGAUAUCCAUGUCAUUAUUCAAGCACCACAUUGAUGAGUUUUGCAGCUUCGGUGUUUUCUAUUGGCUUUGCUCUUUGCAGUGAAAGGGAUUGGAAUCAAUGGAAAUUGGGUUGGAACAUAAGGCUCUUAACUGUGGCUUAUGCAGGAUUGGUGCCAGCAGGGGUGAAUGUGGUGAUGAUAGCAUGGUGUGUGCACAAAAGAGGACCUCUAUUUGUAUCAGUGUUUAAUCCUCUCUUGCUUUUGUUCUUGGCUUUUAUUGGGUCUUUCUUUAUGGAUGAGAUGCUUCACCUUGGAAGAGUGCUGAUAGUGUGCGGAUUAUAUAUGGUUUUAUGGGGCAAAGGCAAAGAGAUGAAGAUGAUGAAUCUUUUGGAUGUCCCAUCACGGACGCUCGACGUGUCAUCCCCUUCAGUUGAGAUCAUCGUCAAAUCCUCCAUUGAUGACCAGAGAAGCAACAAUAUUAGUGCUUCAAACGUUGUUAACAGCGGGGAUCACCAAGAUUCAUCAGAAAAUGGAAAUAAAGCAAAACGAGAUGAUAAUGGGAAGAAUCAAGUAACAUCAUAUCAGGAAACUAAUUAG